AAUAUUAAAAUCAUAAAUUUCAAAAUUAAUUAUUAGAUAACUUGUUAACAGCAAAACCAGCCCUUAUAGAAUAGCUGCGCGAAUAUAUUACUAAAAUGAUUUUAGUUCAUGUAACACAGUGAUUAAACCUACUUGAGAUACCCCACUUUGAGACCUUUGUCUUGUCUCACUCUCAAUCAACAAUGGUGUUCGCAUCUCCUAUUUCUCCAUCCUAUUCAUGUCAUCUCUCCUCAAAAGAUAAAGAAUUGCUAUAUUUCAAGGCCAAAGGGACGAAGCUUUCCACCAUUAACAAGAUCUAUCCAUUUUCUCUUCUCCAACGCUCUCAUUUUCUCAAAGUGGAUUUUAGUUCACAAUGGGAAAGGGGAGAAUCAUCAAAGUUCAGAAAAAGUGCUGCUGUGACGAGCAAAGAAUACUCGUUGGAUGGAGCGCUAGAAAAUAUUCAGCUCCCUAAGGGUGAUUGCUGGUCUGUUCAUAAAUUUGGUGGUACCUGUGUCGGAACAUCGGAAAGAAUUGGGAAUGUAGCUGAGAUAAUUACUGCUGAUCAAUCAGAAAGAAAGGUGGUAGUGGUAUCUGCAAUGUCAAAAGUAACAGACAUGAUGUAUGAUCUAAUUUACAAGGCGCAGUCUCGAGAUGACUCAUAUCUAACAGCACUUGAUGCUGUUAGAGAGAAACAUAAAUUAGCAGCUGUUGAUCUACUUGAUGGAGACAACCUAGCCAGUUUCUUAUGUAAACUGCAAGAUGACAUUAACAACCUUAAAGCCAUGCUUCGUGCAAUAUAUAUUGCUGGUCAUGCAACAGAGUCUUUUUCUGAUUUUGUAGUAGGGCAUGGAGAGUUGUGGUCUGCACAAUUGUUGGCAUCUGCUGUCAGAAAGAAUGGUGUAGAGUGUAAGUGGAUGGACACAAGGGAAGUGCUUGUUGUGAACCCGACAAGUUCUAACCAGGUUGAUCCAGAUUAUUUGAAGUCAGAGGAGAGACUUGAGAAAUGGUACUCUAACAAUCCAUCUAAAACAAUCAUUGCAACGGGCUUUAUAGCUGCUACCCCGCAGAAUAUCCCCACUACUUUGAAGAGAGAUGGUAGUGACUUCUCCGCUGCUAUAAUGGGGGCCCUUUUACAAGCACGUCAAGUUACAAUUUGGACAGAUGUUGAUGGCGUAUAUAGUGCAGAUCCUAGAAAAGUUAGUGAGGCAGUUAUACUGAAGACAUUGUCUUAUCAAGAAGCGUGGGAAAUGUCCUAUUUCGGUGCCAAUGUCUUACAUCCUCGGACAAUUGUUCCAGUGAUGCAAUAUGACAUUCCAAUAGUUAUAAAAAAUAUCUUCAACCUUUCUGCACCUGGAACAAUGAUCUGCCGAUCCUCUGGAAAUGAAUAUGAAGAUGGACAAAAACUGGAAUCCCUUGUUAAAGGAUUUGCAACAAUUGACAAUGUAGCCCUCGUGAAUGUUGAGGGAACCGGAAUGGCUGGUAUUCCUGGUACAGCUAGCGCCAUUUUUAGUGCAGUAAAAGACGUUGGUGCUAAUGUAGUCAUGAUAUCCCAGGCUAGCAGUGAGCAUUCAGUGUGCUUUGCUGUGCCUGAGAAAGAAGUGAAAGCCGUUGCUGAUGUUUUGGAGUCUAGAUUCGGUCAGGCUUUGAGUGCAGGGCGACUUUCUCAGAUUGCAGUGAUUCCGAAUUGUAGCAUUUUGGCGGCUGUUGGUCAGAGAAUGGCUAGCACUCCCGGAGUUAGUGCUACACUUUUCACUGCACUUGCAAAGGCUAAUAUCAACAUCCGUGCUAUAGCUCAAGGUUGCACGGAGUACAACAUUACAGUAGUUGUUAAGCGAGAAGAUUGUGUAAGAGCUUUACGUGCUGUGCACUCAAAAUUUUAUUUGUCAAGAACAAUAAUUGCUGUCGGCAUUGUUGGACCUGGAUUGAUUGGAGGUACAUUGCUUGACCAGUUAAAGGAUCAGACAGCUGUCUUAAAGGUGAAAUUCAACAUUGACUUGCGUGUGAUGGGUAUAACUGGUACAAGGACAAUGCUACUGAGCGAGUCGGGUAUUGACUUGUCAAGAUGGAGAGAGCUGCUAAGUGCAAAUGGAGAAAUGGCCGACAUGAAUAAGUUUGUUCACCAUGUACGUGGCAAUCAUUUUAUCCCAAACACACUAAUGGUGGACUGCACUGCAGACUCUGAUAUCGCAAGCCAUUACUAUGGCUGGUUGCAUAGAGGAAUACAUGUUGUCACCCCGAACAAAAAGGCUAAUUCAGGACCGCUAGACCAGUACUUGAAGCUGAGAACUCUACAGCGACAAUCAUACACUCAUUACUUCUAUGAAGCUACUGUUGGAGCUGGGCUACCAAUCAUUAGCACCUUACGUGGACUUCUUGAAACUGGGGACAAGAUAUUGCGGAUUGAGGGCAUCUUUAGUGGAACUUUGAGUUACAUAUUCAAUAACUUCACGGGCUCAAGGGCAUUCAGCCAAGUUGUGGAAGAGGCAAAGGAGGCGGGUUAUACUGAACCAGAUCCAAGGGAUGACCUAUCUGGAACAGAUGUUGCCAGAAAGGUGAUAAUUCUUGCUAGGGAAAGUGGGUUACAGUUAGAACUUUCAGAUAUACCCAUUCAGAGCCUUGUGCCUGAACCAUUAAGGGCUAGUGCAUCUCCCGAGGAAUUUAUGCAGAAGUUGCCACAAUUUGAUCAACAGUUGGCUACGCAGAGACAGGAGGCUGAGGACACUGGGGAAGUUUUGAGAUAUGUUGGAGUCGUGGAUGUUGUCAACGGGAAAGGGACUGUUGAGCUGCAAAGAUACAGCAAAGAGCAUCCAUUUGCACAACUCUCUGGAUCAGACAACAUAAUUGCAUUCACAACUGAGAGAUAUGCGAAGCAACCUCUAAUAGUACGUGGUCCUGGUGCUGGAGCUGAAGUGACAGCCGGUGGAGUAUUCUGUGACAUCUUGCGGCUUGCAUCAUAUCUUGGUGCUCCAUCAUAAUUCAUUAACUGCAUACUUCAUAUGAAUUGUCUUGCAAUUUCAGCAAAACUGUGGCUCAUUCUGUGACUAGGUUCUUUUCUUCUUUCUAUUGGAGUUACUGUUCCUUGCUCAUUUAUGAGUUGGUUUUAUUAAGCUAUAUUUUGGUCGAGAUGCACAUAUCUUGUAGGGAUACUCCCUUGUUAGUGAAGUGGAUUGGUGAUGUAUUUCGAUGCAAUUAAGUGUUCAGGUCAUUGCUUCUUGUGACCGUUUGGUGUUAA